UGACAUCAUACUCAUUCCAGAGAGCUAAAGACUAGAACAACCAAGUGAGGUACUAGUGUAGAGAAAUCGAGAAAUUUUAAAAUUACAGUUGCAGCGCCACCAUGUUAGCUCCACAGAUCGAUCCUCACGAUUUCUGCUCCGAUCAGCCUCUCGUGCUUCGUCUCCAAGACAUUUUAACUUCAAUCUCCAAAGAAAUUGAAUGUGGAAACAUUGGCCAAUCUGAAAUCUUAGUUUCGGAACUUGUCAAGUUCCUUGAUUCGAUCGAAUCAGACCACAGCAAUGAUGACAUUAAGAACAAUGCAUAUGAAGUCCUCUCGGAGAUAUAUAAAUUCUUGUCUUCUUCUUCAUUGGACCAGGCGGUUAUUGAUGCACUUUCAUUUGAGUUGCCGAAGACUGUUACGAGAUUUGCAGGCGUGUCCAGUAGCUGUUCGGAGAUUGUUAAUAGUGUUAUUGAUCGGUUUGUAGCAACAUGUAGCCCACGGGACAUGCUUUCAAUUCUUUGUGAGGCAUUAGACUCAUUGAUUAAGACAACCAAGUUAUCCGAUAAUUUUGUUCCUCUUCUGAGUGGUCUCUCAAAAGUAUUGCUUUUAACUCAGAGGCGGCACUUUGAACAAGUAAAAGUUGCAGUGCCUGUCAUCCUAAAGGUUCUAAUGAACGUGUCUUCAGAGUCUGAUGAUGAAAAUACAGAACCUUUAUUUGACAGGGCUAUAGGCAUUGCUGAUUCUAUCCAUGCAGUUUGCGCUAAGCUGGAUGGAGGAGCAAAAGAAAAGUUGUGUGCUCUUCUUGGUCUAUAUGUUCUGCAAAUUAUGGUGCUUGUUUCAAUAAGCAUGGAAUGUAAAGUCUCAAAAUGCGUCCCUUUGAUAUCACAGUUGUCACACUUCUUCCCUUUUUGCCGUUUAUCAUAUUUUGGUUUAAUAACUGGGUGUGAUGUGGAUACUAUGACUAACAUGAUUAUUGGAGAGGAUGAAGAUGACUAUAAGAGUUGUAUAUCCUAUGUGGAACAAGGUGCAUCUCUUUCAGUGAUUUGGGGCCAUGUUUCUGACCAAGUUGCUCAAGCUGCUGAGGAGGAUUUGACCGCUGUCAAGAGUGAACUUAAAAGUAAUCAAACAAAAAAAUGGCAAGCUAUUGGCAUGCUAAAGCACAUACUCUCUUCUGGCAAUCUGCCAUAUGAAUUCAAGGAGCAUGCCAUCAACUUCUUGCUUGACAUAACUGAUGAAAAUAUCUCCCAAGAGAAUGACGGUGAUCAUAAUGACUUCUCUUCUUAUAUGCCUAGUGUGUUUGCUGCUUUGCAGGCUGUUGUAAUGGUCAUCAUAUAUUCACCAAGUUCAGCACUUAGGAAGAAAACCUUUGAUGCAUUUAAGAGAGUUGUAGCUGAGAUUCCACGUUCAGAGAAGCGUGACUUUUUAAAAGCCAUGAUUAUUAAUUGCAAUUCUCCUUCUAUGGUUGCAAUUUUACUAGAUCUUGUUAGACAGGAAGUCCUUAAGGAAAACCAACAAAGAACAUCAAUACGAAAUCAAGUCCUGCCUGCUGAAAAUAUAGCAUGUGCAGAUGCAUUGUUUUGGCCUGCAGUUGUCCUGGAAUUGGUGGAUUUAGUCUUGAGGCCCCAAAAGGGAGGUCCUCCCCUGCUUCCGGAGCAUGGAGAUGCAGUUCUGUCUGCCCUCAACCUUUACAGAUUUGUAUUGCUAACCGAGUCAAAAGAAGAAUCCAACAGUGAGGUGCUGUCGAAGAGCAAUUUACAAAGAGCUUACCACGAAUGGCUUCUGCCCCUUCGAACCCUAGUGACUGGCAUUAUGACAGAGAACAAGAAUGAUUGUGAUGAAUUUGCGGUUGAUACAGUAUGCACUCUUAACCCUGUGGAGUUAGUUUUGUACCGCUGUAUUGAACUUGUUGAAGAGAAACUGAAACAUUCAACAUAAAUCAUCCCUUGUGUUUUGAUGCUUAAGAAUAUGCGUAUACAUGAUGUUGGCAGGGUAUACGUCCUCGAUUUGUAUAUGAAUUUUGUAACUUUAUUUUGUUUAAAUUGAAUUAUUUAGUGUUUACGGUAGUCUUUGGUUAUUGUAAAUUCUGUGUUGAACUGUCUUAUUCAUUCUUUUAAAGUUGUUA